AUGCAGAUUAAAUUCUUUCUUGCUACUGUUUUCGCCUCCAUGGUCUUGGCGACGCCUGCAAUCAAGCAGUUAAGCUCUCUUGACCACCCUAAGCUCGUCGGGCGUCCGAAAGGUGCAACCACUCCCUCAGGAGGCAGCUGCUGCUCUAGCCUUGAAGGGCUUUGCUCUAGUGAUUGCGUAAGUGAUGAAUGA